GGACGCGGACGCCGGGCGUCGCCGGGGGGGAGCAGGCCCGGGCGGGCGUGCGGCCCCUCCGCCAUGAACCCCCGGGGCCUGUUCCAGGACUUCAACCCCAGUAAGUUCCUCAUCUACGCCUGCCUGCUGCUCUUCUCGGUGCUGCUGCCCCUCCGCCUCGACGGCGUCAUCCACUGGAGCUACUGGGCCGUCUUCGCCCCCAUAUGGCUGUGGAAGCUCCUGGUCGUCGCGGGCGCCUUGGUGGGCGCGGGCGUGUGGGCGCGCAACCCGCGCUACCGCGCCGAGGGGGAGGCCUGCGUGGAGUUCAAAGCCAUGCUCAUCGCCGUGGGCAUCCACCUGCUGCUGCUCGUGUUCGAAGUGCUGGUCUGCGACAGGGUGGAGAGGGGGACGCACUUCUGGCUGCUGGUCUUCAUGCCCCUCUUCUUCGUGUCCCCGGUGUCCGUGGCCGCCUGCGUCUGGGGCUUCCGGCACGACAGGUCCCUGGAGCUGGAGAUCCUGUGCUCGGUCAACAUCCUGCAGUUCAUCUUCAUCGCCCUGAGGCUGGACCGGAUUAUUCACUGGGCGUGGCUGGUGGUGUUCGUGCCCCUGUGGAUCCUCAUGUCGUUCCUUUGCCUGGUGGUCCUCUAUUACAUCGUCUGGUCCCUCCUGUUCCUGCGGUCCCUGGAUGUGAUCGCCGAGCAGCGGAGGACACACGUGACCAUGGCCCUCAGCUGGGUGGCCGUCGUCGUGCCUCUGCUCACCUUCGAGGUCCUGCUGGUGCACCGGUUGGAUGGCCACAAUGCCCUCUCUUACCUCUCGAUCUUUGUCCCCCUCUGGCUCUCCUUGAUAACCUCCAUGGCCGCAUCGUUUAGGCGAAAGGGGGGCAACCACUGGUGGUUUGGUAUUCGCAGAGAUUUCUGUCAGUUUCUGCUGGAAAUUUUCCCGUUUCUAAGAGAGUAUGGCAACGUUUCCUAUGAUCUCCGUCAUGAAGACAGUGAAGAUGCUGAAGGAACUUCGCUUCCAGAAGCUCCAAAAAUUGCUCCGAUGUUUGGAAAGAAGGCCAGGGUAGUGAUAAGCCAGAGCCCUGGAAAGUAUGCCCCCCCACCCCCCAAGUUAAAUAUCGAUAUGCCGGAUUAAACUCCCCUUCCAGGCAGGGCCCACACGCGGAAUAGAGACCACACACACACACACACACACACACACACAGACUGCGCCUUGCGUUUGCUCUCUGUUCAUCCUCCCAAACCUGGGCCUGGAAAUGGGCUCCGGACGCCAUCAUCUCAUUCCUUGUUUGCAGGUGAUGCCUGCCUGAGGCUCAGAAGUGUGCCCCACAGAUGGAAGAGCUUAUGAACAGGUGUGAGGAGUGUACCUGGGUGCGAGAACUUGCUUUCCAGGUUGGUGCGUUCAGAUCUGGCUGGGGGCAGUAAGUUGAAUUGUUGUAGUAGGUCCUCAAAAGGAGUAAUCACACAGCUUUUAAAAAGUGCUGCUGUACCCAUCAAAAGUGUUGUCUUAAAAGAUAUUUUUAUACACUGCCUGUCUAAAAUUGUAUUUCAGUUUGUGCCUGUCGUGACAUAAUAGCAAGUGUAAAGAGUCCUCUUGCCCACCACUUGUUUAUAAAAUGCAUAGUUGUUAUUUUUAGUGUUCCUCUUGGUAAAAUAAUUUUUCUUUGGGCUUUGCUGAGACUGGUCUUUAAUGUUCUAAGAGAUGAAUUUUUCUAAUGGAGUGAAUCCACGCAUAUCUAGUAUUUAUAUGAACUUUUUAGUGGUGUAAUGUGUUGAAUUCUAGUUCUCUGCAGUACGAUGUUUUACGUUAAAGUAUUUUUUUAAGUUUAUAUAUGACAGUAUGUCUAUUGCAGAUGUCCUGAAAGACGACAUAAAAUGUUAAUAUCACCUGG